GCCCCUUUUAAAUUUCCUGUCAGGUGGUAUUCCAGGGUUUCCGAUAGACAGGGAGAGUAAAUUAAUACAUGUAUGAAUAGUAAAUUAGGUCGUUAUUUCGACCACAUUUUCUUAAUUGCCCCGUCUAGUGGAUAAACAGAAUUCUACUUAACAAUGAUCCGUUUUAUUCUGAUCCAGAACCGAGCUGGAAAGACCCGCCUGGCAAAGUGGUACAUGCAGUUUGACGACGAUGAAAAGCAGAAGCUGAUUGAAGAGGUUCAUGCUGUGGUGACUGUGCGGGAUGCCAAGCAUACAAACUUUGUAGAGUUCAGGAAUUUCAAGAUCAUUUAUCGUCGUUAUGCUGGUCUUUACUUCUGCAUCUGUGUUGAUGUGACAGACAACAAUCUAGCUUAUCUGGAAGCCAUUCAUAAUUUUGUGGAGGUUCUGAAUGAGUAUUUUCAUAAUGUCUGCGAGUUGGAUCUGGUCUUCAAUUUCUACAAGGUCUAUACUGUGGUGGACGAGAUGUUCCUGGCAGGAGAGAUCCGCGAGACGAGCCAGACGAAGGUGCUCAAACAGUUGCUCAUGCUGCAGUCUUUGGAGUAACAACCCUGAAUUGAGACCCCCAUUGCUUCUCACCCACUUGAAGACACUAACCAGCCCCCUUCCAGCAGGCAGGCAGGCAGGCACAUGGAGUUAAAAGCUUAACUUGGCAUUCUCAUUUGUAAAGACAAGCCCCCUUUUCCAACAUGGAGCCCGGUGUUUUUCCCUGCAUCGGCCUGGUCUUUUCAGCCAGGGAAUGCUGCAGAGCGGGCGUCUGGCUGCCACAGUUGCACCACGAUGAUUGGGUGCUUUCGUGGCAUCUCGCUGAUUUGAAUUGGGCAAUAAGAGAAUGAAGUGAUCAGAAGUUAAAAAAAUAUAUAAAAUUGAGCCCACCUGACUCGCUGUCUCUGCUUGUCUCGGUUAAUCUCUUAACUCCAUGCUAAUUAAAGUCGGACUAAUUAACAGUGCUUUGCUUUGUUUUUUAAUUUUUUAAUUUUUUUCAGGGCGUGUUUAGUUUAUACUUUGCUUAUAUCUGAAAUAAGACGCCCGAAGGGACCAAGUGAGCCUCAGCCGUAGGCCAGUCAUAAAAUGUCAUGUCCUGCCAACCACAGUUAGAAACCCCACAGCACUGCUGCUGGUAAUUAAACGUUAUUAAAUGUUGAAUGCUGACGUGACACCACUUGUUACAUUUUCAGGUUUUCAAUGUUAACUGAUGUUUUCCCCUCUACUUUCAUGGUGGUCUUUAUAACAGAAUCCUCUUGAAUUUUAUCAGCAUUGUUCUCUUUACUGGCCUCCAUUUUAUAGCAGCAGCUCUCAGACUCGCUCCUGGUGCCCCCUUGUGGCUGUUGGUUUCCACUACAACCAGCUUGUUAAAUCAGAGCUGCUGGGUGCCUUGAGUUAACUAGCCUGGUUUGCUAAUUUCAGCUCCCGUUCUGCGCAGUCACAUUCACAGACACCGCCUACUGGGGGCGCUCCUGCAUGCGUUGUAAUGGUUGGCAUCCCACUGGUGCCACGUAGGUUGACAGCCCUGCCACAACCCUGGAGGCAGAACCCCUGGCUUGUAGUACUGAAUGCCAGCACACACCCGGUUGAGGUGAUCCUGUCAGAUUUGCCAUUCAUUUUCAUCUCGAUGUGAGAAGUGACCAUCCCGUUGUUUCACUCGUUACAUUCCUUCCACGUUAAAGUAGCUUGUCAGAUGAGAGGAGGGCAUUCAGUCCAAGUUCGUUUGGCCUAAACAGCAGCAGCCAACUCACAAACCCCGACUUGAACUCUUAAGUUUAGUGGCAAAGAAAAGUAUGUGAACCCUUAGGAAUGACACGGUUUGCUGCAUUUAAGUGGUCAUAAAAUGUGAUCUGAUCUUCAUCUAAGUCACGAGUACCGACAAACGCUCACAAUUCGAAUGUCUUCUUUAAACCCACCCGUCAAACAUUCACCGUGCGUGCUGUAGAAAAAAAAAAAAGUGAACUCUUGGGUUGAAUAAGUGGCCGACCCUCCUCCUAACAGGCACUCCUGCUAGCUGAAUAUCAGACCUCCACAAUGUGCAGGAGGCCUUUCGGACCCCCUUUCAGCCACAUUCCUAGGAUGGCUGCUGUGAACGUCUCUCUUGAGCUCAUUCAUGCCAUGCAUGGCAUCUCUAUUGGGUUGAAUGACUGGGCUCCUCCAAAAGGUGGAUUUUCUGGGCUGUAGUUAAGUGGCAUUGGCCUGCUGCUUGACCCGACGUCUACCGAGGUUCAUCUGUCCCUGUCGGCUACCUUGAUAAACUUGGGAAUUUAUUUACCCCUUGAUGGUGGCAAGCUGCCCAGGCCCCAAAUCGUGCUGCUCUUUCAACCAUACUUCAUCACUGGGGUUGAUGUUUUCAAGUCGGUGGGCGGUGCCCUUUUUUACACCACGUGUGCCGCCGCAUAUUCUUCACCAACAGUCCAUUUUUUCAUCGGUCCACAAAACAGUAUUCCAGUGUCAUUGUGGAGUACCAAUGUUCUUUGACAAGCUUGGGGCCGGGAUAUGCUUGACGCUCUCAGCGCUCCUUUGACACGUCCUCUACGCACGACACAUGCGGGUUGCAGUACCAGUAAAAAUUUGGGUGGUGCGGUGUGAUGGCAAGCAGCAUCGCAGCUCCAGCAGGAUCAAUUUGUGUGCUUCGAUGUUUGAUGAGGUGAAGCAAAUCAUCAAACUUAAAUGGCAACAUGCAAACGUCUUCAUGGUGCUAUUCUUUAAUUCAGUUCUCGUACAGGAAAUGCAAGCAUCACGUAUUCCCCAUCAUAAUGAUGCAAUGCCAUCUUCUACGUGGUUGCAACAAAUUUUUAUCUUCAACAUCUUCCCUCAACUCUCGACACUGCGAAACCGCACGUGGUUUACUCACCAUGAUAUCUCGCACUGCCACCUGGUGGAAUGCUCCAGAUUUACAUAACAUUUGCACACAAGUGUAGUCAGUACACUGCAGCAGCAUCCUCAAGUAUAUCCAGGCAACUUGGUGGCAUCGUGGAGUAUCAGGAUGUUAUUUGGCAAACUUCAAGCAUGUUGUUUUUGGAGAGCAGUGACUUCCUCCUUAGACGCCAUGUCUGUUUAAUGUUUUAUGUAGUGGUAGACUCAUAAAUGGAGAUCUUCACCUGUUCUGAUGCCUCCUUCAAACCUUCAGCUUUUAGUUUUAGGUUCUUCUUUACCUCCAUGAACAGUCCAUGUUGUGCCCUUUGAGUCAUCUUAACUGGUGCCCACCUUUAGGGAGAGUAGCCACAGUGCUAAAUGACCUCCAUUUACAUACAAAUUGUCUGACUGUGGACUGACUGGCAGAUAUCGAAACUCUUUGAAAAGACUGCCCUGACCAGCUUCGUGCACAUCAACAAUCCUCCAUCGUAGAUCUUCUGCUGUCUUUCUUUUUGUGAGACAUGCUUCUCGUCAUUAGCAAACUCCAAAUGUUUCAGUCUUCUAUUUUAUUGGUCAGAAUAUCUCUAAGCCACACCUCCAGUGUCAUUUCAUUGGUUGGACUUUAGGUUUGCCAACUGAUUGCUCCAUUAGAUAGGAGUUCACAGAAUUGUCCCACGCACUGAACAUUACAAUAACAUGUGCGUUGUUAGUUAAAACAGAUUGUGUUUGUUUGUUGUUAUAACUUGAAUGAAGAUCAGACCAGAUUCAUAAUUGAAGAUACAUUUCUAUGCUUUUUCUGAAAUGAGAUUAGGUGGGUUUGGAGAGGGCUGAUCCUGGCCAGGAUGUCCGACACACACACCCUCAUUCACAGGUGACCUUCAGUUGGAUCAGGUGGGUCUGAUAACGACAUGCAGAGAAGCUGACAUGAAGGUCAUUGGGAUGUGGUGGCUGGAUUUGAACCCAGGACCCAGCUUCUGUAAGACCACACUUUGCCAACCUGAACUAAAUUCCUUUGGCCAAUCAAUCCAAUCUAACUGCAUAACAUCAUUGGAAUGAUUCCCAGUAGCCACCGGGGGGCGACAGGACCUAUUUGUUGGGUGGGACUGCUCUGUAGUGUAAGUAAAUGUCCACACGUGUGCUGUGUGUGCUGUGCGGGUGCUUCUCAUGUGGAACUCAGUGAAUAAACGUCCGUGACAAAGCC